AUGUUUCCCUACGACAACAUCCGCUCUCAACUUGAGUGGAACUCCACUCUGAGCGUCGCCAGUGCGCCCCAGCCCACUGCUGACACUAAGUUCCUCCGCAAGACCGCUAUCAUUGCCACUAUUGGUCCCAACACCAACAAUGUCGAAAAACUUGGCGAGUUGAGGCGCGCGGGCGUUAACGUCGUCCGCAUGAAUUUCUCCCAUGGAUCGUACGAGUACCACCAAAGUGUCAUCGACAACACAAGAAAAAUGGUUGCAGCCAACCCACAAGGGCGUCCAGUCGCGAUUGCUCUGGACACAAAAGGUCCUGAGAUCCGGACUGGUGUCAUGCGGGACAGCAAAGAUAUCCCUAUCAAGGCUGGUCACGAAUUCACAAUCUCUACCGAUGUCAAAUACAGCGAGAUUUGCGAUGACCAGAUUCUGUGGUUGGACUAUCAAAACCUGCCGAAGGUCACCGCACCUGGAAAGCUCAUUUUCAUUGAUGACGGUAUCUUGUCACUUUUGGUGUUGUCUAUUGAUGGCAACACUGUGCGCGUUCGUGCCCUGAAUAACGGCACCUUGUCGUCUCGCAAGGGUGUGAACUUGCCUAAGACCGAUGUUGAUCUUCCCGCAUUGUCUGAGAAGGACAAGCGAGACCUUCAGUUCGGUGUCAAGAACGGCGUCGACAUGAUUUUCGCAUCGUUCAUCCGUAGGGGUCAAGAUGUUACGGAUAUCCGUCAAGUUCUUGGGCCUGACGGCGCCAACAUCAAGAUCAUUGUCAAGAUUGAAAAUGAGCAAGGUGUUGAGAACUUUGAUGAGAUCUUGAAGGAGACGGACGGUGUCAUGGUCGCACGUGGUGACCUUGGUAUUGAGAUCCCUGCUAGCCAAGUGUUCCUUGCACAAAAGAUGAUGAUUGCCAAGUGCAACAUUGCGGGCAAACCCGUUAUCGUUGCAACCCAGAUGCUUGAGUCCAUGACCUACAACCCUCGCCCUACCCGCGCCGAAGUCAGCGACGUUGCAAACGCCGUUCUUGACGGUGCAGACUGUGUCAUGUUGUCCGGCGAGACUGCAAAGGGAUCCUACCCCGUGGAGUCUGUCCUGAUGAUGGCUGAGACUUGCCUUCUCGCCGAGUCGGCGAUCUGCUAUCCUCCGUUAUACGACGAGCUUCGUGCAAUCCAGCCUGGUCCCACUGAGACCACUGAGACUAUUGCGAUUGCGGCAGUUGCUGCAGCCAGCGAGCAGAAUGCCAGUGCGAUCCUUGUGCUGUCUACCAGUGGCAACACCGCUCGUCUGAUUUCUAAAUACCGUCCCCGUGUUCCCAUCCUCACUGUUACUCGCAACGAGCAGACCGCCCGUCAGAUCCAUCUCCACCGCGGAUGCUACCCCUUCUGGUAUCCUGAGCCUCGAGGCAUCCCCGAGAGUCAGUGGCAGAGAGAUGUCGACAACCGCAUUAGAUUCGGUCUGAAGAACGCGCUUGCCUUGAACAUCAUCAAGACUGGUGGUACGAUCAUCGCGGUGCAAGGGUGGAAAGGCGGCCUCGGACACACCAACACGCUUCGGAUUCUGUCCGUUCCGACUGAUCCGGCGGACUUCGAGCUGCAGCCCCUGGGUGCGAAUUAG